AUGGAUCAACGACGAGAAAUUAUCAACCUAGUGCUAAAGUGUGCACUGAUUUGUUCAACAAUAAUCAUCGUUUGGAAAACUCUUAUUCUAUUAACGAACUGUGCAAGUCCUAUGAUCAUAUCAUUGAACGGUGAGCAACCGGACUUUCGUGGUUUGGGCGAUAUUCUUGUACUUACUAAUUACGAUUCGGCGUCUGUUCAAGCACGUGACUUAGUUGUAUUUCGAAUUGAAGGUCGUGAUAUUCCAAUCGUUCAUCGAGUAAUUAAAGUGCGUGCAAAAAAAGAUGGCUAUUUCAAAAUUUUGACUAAAGGAGAUAUGAAUGUUGUAGAUGAUCGUGGUCUUUAUCCAUCAGGGCAACUUUGGAUUGAAAAAAAAGAUGUUAUUGGUAAAGUGUACGGGUAUGUUCAAUCUGCUAUCUUUCGCUUUUCUUAUUGUUAA